CAUCUUCCCCAUCACCAUGUCCGUAGAGCAGCAGCAUCAACCACACCCCCUCUUAAGGAGGAACCUCAAGAAACCACAGACUUGAUGUCAGCCACGAUUGCAGCUGCUCAAGACAGACGAACAGCCUACGACGCACUCAUCCAGAGAGAGCAGGAAGAAUACGAGCGAGGGCGCCGUCACCUGGCCAACAUGAUGGGCGAGAACCCGGACACGUUCACACAGGAGGACAUCGAUAGGUCGAUCCGCUAUUUGUUGCCUUCGGGCUUGUUCGAGAAGAAAGCCAGGCCCAUCAUGCAGCCACCCACCGAGUUCUACCCACCUCAGAAGGCUGCCCAGUUUGCGUCAGAUGGUCGGCCCUUUGAUUACUUGUUUUACACCGGCAAGCCUAACUACUAUAAUCUCAUGCAUGAAACAUAUGCUGAGCUGAAUAGGGUCAUAGAAGUUGAAAACCAUCACAUCAAGAGAGGGACCUUGAAACCAACAGCAGAACAAGUGGAUCUUGGAAGAAGCCAGUGGAUUGAUAAGAAAGCAGUGGAAUUGAUGAUUGUGGAAGAGAUCUCAGAUCCAGACUACGACAGGUUCCUCAUGCUACUGGAGAGAAUCCUGCAGCAGCCGUAUGCCAAGGAAGUAGAGGAGUACAUCUUCAAAUUCCGACGCAAACUGGUGGCCGUCUUGAGCCGCGAAGUUAUAGAUCCGAUCCAAUUUGAUGAGGCCGGACGAGCCUUCGCUGAGGGAUAUGGCAAAAGGAAGGAAGCCGAGGCCAGUGUGGUCAUUAGGGACCAGGGAAAUGGGCGGGUUACCAUCAACGGACAGAGCUUCCUGGAGUAUUUCAAUUUAGUGCAACACAGAACUCAAGUGAUGUUUCCGUUCCAUUUCUUGGGCAUGCUGAACCGGUUUGAUCUGGAUUGUACAGUCAGGGGCGGGGGAAAGUCCGGCCAGUCAGGGGCAGUGAGACUGGCCUCAGCCCGGGCUUUGCGCAGCUUCAUCGACGAAGCGGCGGUGGAGAGAAUGAGACAAGCCGGCCUGCUGACCCGAGACCCUCGCGUCAAGGAGAGGAAGAAGCCCGGUCAGGCCGGAGCCCGGAAGAAGUUCACCUGGAAAAAGAGAUGAUGGCACUUUCAAAUAGACGUACUUCAGUGAAUAGUCAGAGUUCUCCUUACAUCGAGAAUCAACUGCAGUUACAUUAGGACUCCAUUCAUUUCACGUUUUCCCCGUUUAAUUACUUUCAGAGGUCACUUUCAGAGCAACCAACCCUUGAGCUAGUGUUGGUUUAGCCAGUAGUUUAGAAGAGUUCCAUCAUAGGGGAAUUAAUUUUCAAUAUUCAUUCAGGAAUAAGGCCUUAAAUGUUACCCGUGCCUUGUGAAGUAUGAAGUUUUCUAGACAGUUCCAUGGUACAAUGCCGUCUGCUGGCCCACCCCUACCAUCAGCAAAAACAAGGAGCAUCAACAUUGUCCGUUCUUGUGAUGUGCCCCCUUGCUGGUGCCAUGUCGCCCUAAUGCCCGAAACUGCCAACGGUGCUCUUCAUCAGCAAACAAUUACGAUUGUAAAGUCCCAUUUGCAUGUAUGUAGGCAUUGAAUAAAAGUGUGGGUGCCUGUGUAUUUCAAA